AUCUCUCCUGUUCUUGUGUUUCACCUCCCGACACCCUGGGGAAGAGCCAUAGGUUGCAGAUGGCAGAGCCCUGCUGUGCCACAUGGUCUUUGUUGCUUUCUUGGUUGACCCCUACAUGGACCCACAGUUUGUCCAGCAGCCUGUCCAGGGCUUCCCAGCAACAGUUGACUGACCUCGCUGAGCCUGGAGCAGAGUUCCCAGUUCGCCAUACCUGUGAUCUGAAAAUGGCCUGGCUGGUCAGCAGAGGAGCUGCCACAUAUUUCUCUUUGGGAUUUCCCAGGCGGAGAUGACUGAGAUGCAGUUUUGAGAAGCCAGAGACACGCCCCGGGUUGCUCAGUGAAAAGUGGCCCUCUCUGAUCAUAGCUUGCACACUAAGUGCCUGGCAACUAGCGGCUUGAAGGCGAUUCCUUGCAUGUGUGGGUGCUCUGAAGACCUUUGCAGAAAUGCUGCCUUUACUCCCAGGACUGCGCUUCCUCCUUUUUGUUGGUUGGCAGGUAGCUGCCGCAACUUCUGCUGGGACGUAUCUGUGCUCCAGCUCCCCUGUCAAUGAAUCUGCUGUGUGUGCUUCAGUGAAAAGCGUCAGCCAGGAGAUGCUUCUCAAGAUAGCCCGUGGCCAAGGCUCCCCCUGCAGCCUCACGUUCGGUCAAUAUGCCUGUGCACAGAAUGCGUGGCUCCAGGACCUUCAGGAUGAUUUCCUCGUAUCUUUAUAUUCUUGCCUUGCCUCUAAACCUGCCAGUGCUAUGGAUCCACAAUACUCCAUUCUGUUCUUUUCCAAAUAUGAUGCCAAGAAGCUUGUAACUGCUCUGACUAUGUUCAGCCACUGGUUUUCUCGUGUGCCCCUCUCUCUCGAGUGGAACAUGAUCUUCAUUAAUGGCCUGUGGGAGAAGAUGUUGCAAGUACCUGACAUUGAGAGCCUGCCUGUUUUGUCUCAAUGGGUCCAUGGGGGGCUUCAGCCAUUCCUGGUUGAGCCCAAGGUCUUUGCUUGCCUCCACACCAAAAAUGUGUUGUGUGACACAUUUCAGAUGAUAGUCGCUGCUCUGAAUGGCAUAUACUCUGACCUUCCAGUGGAAGAACAGAGGAAUCUUUACGCUGGGAUCAAAUACUAUCUCACCCAGAAUGGAUCAAACCGGAAAUGCUACAGUGCAGCUGUUCCAGGUCUGAAUUCCACUGCCUGGUUUGCAAAUUAUCUUGGAUCCUUUUUGGAGCAUGCUACUGUUGGAGACCUGCAGCUUUUUGGUGAUGAACUAACCCUUCAAAAAUUUGCCCGGGAUCCAGUCAAUAUACAGAUGAUCAGCAACCUCACCUUGCUCCGGGAGACAGCUGUGUACUAUACCUCACUACUGACCUCUGGACCUGGUUUUCCCUUAUCAAGUCUCCCAGACAGAUUUGUUUGCUACCUGAGCCCCUCGGCAGUGAGCAACCUGAGCAGAGAUGAUGCUUUGAGCUUGGCCCAGAGGAUCAGUAAGAACUGCCCAUUGAACCUGACACGCAGAGGAAUAACUAGAGAGAAUGCUCCCUCCACCUUGACAGCAGAGGAACUGCAGGUUGCAUCCUCUUUAGUGAGCAAGUUUGAGCGUUUCCCUCCUGCAGUCCUGCAUGCAUUGGGCCAGGCUGCAGUUGGGCUGUCUGUGUCCAGCAUUGAAAACAGCAUCAGUGAUAAAGACCUUGAAGCAUCUAUUCCUGUCCUGGGUGAAGUUCGUGGCUGGACCGCUGAACAGUCCAGCACUAUUAUCAACAAACUGCUCAGCUCUGGCUAUCAGAUCCUGGAUGGAGAGAGCCUGGCAAAGCUAGGGAGCUUGGUGGCUGGCCUCAACAGCAGCACACUUCAAAGUCUGCCUCCAGAAGUGAUCUUGGAAGCCAUUAAGUUGCCUGAGUUUGUUCAGCAAUUGGUGACCCUGCCAUCUGCUCUGAGAAUGACAUUCGUGGAAAAGAUUUCCUCCAGUGUAGACCACCCCGCUGACCUGGUUAAACAUAUCCCGGAUGCUCUGGCCAGUUAUGUUCCAAAAUCAUUGCUUGUUUUUGGGGAAGAGAAGCCCAAUAUUCAGGACCUGAACAGUAAAAUGUGGACCCGAGAACAGGCUGCCAUGUUUUUCAGUGAUGUGAUAAAGGCAGAGCCUGACUUCAGCAGGCUUUCCCAGUCAGUCCUCCAAGGCUUCACAUGUGCAGAUGCCAGUGCGGUAGAAGCAGGAAGAUUUCAGGAACUGGCCAGAGUCAUGAAGAAGCAGAAUGUCAAGCUAGGAGAAGACCAGCUGAGCUGCUUAGUGAAGAUGGUGACGUUGCAUGGGACUCCCAAGGAUUUAGAUAGCUAUCCUAAAGACCUGUUGCUGUUUUUAAGUCCUUCAGACUAUGCAAUGACAGGAAGCUGUAGGCAGUAUUUUGCUAAUAUUGGGAAAGCAAAUCUUGAUAUUCUGCAAAGAGAAUCGUCUCAUCGGAAACAGCUGCUCUUGGAGGCUUUAGCAUGUUUGAAAAUUCCUGGCACACAAGUGAAUGAGGAAAGUGCAGAGAUUCUGGGACAACUGGUCUGUGACCUGGGUGGAGAAUACAUUAGAAAUUCUGGUGGGAAUUUGCUGAAGCUGUUAAGCCAGUGUGAAUCUUUCCUGCCUGAUCAAGAAGAGGCUAUUAGGAAUGUCAUCAGUAGUGGUAACACUACAUUUGGACCUCCUGUAGUGUGGUCAACUUCUACCUUGAAUGAGCUCAGUGGAUUGAUUCCUGUAUUUGAUCACAGCAUCUUGCAGAAAAUCCCUAAGAAUGUUUUAACUCUUUGGCUGAAAAUCUUUGCACACGAUUCACCUCUGUCAAGGGAACAGCUGGUCCCCAUUGUUGAAGAACUCCUGCCUACUAGGCAUAAGCGUGCUGAUGGUUGCCCACCUGGCAAGCAGAUAACAGAGACAGUUCUUAAUGAUGACUUGAUGCCUGUGUACUACACACCUGAGGAGUUACAUACUUGCCUGAAGAAUGUCUCUCUGGAGAAUUACCUCCCUCAGAUACUGACCUAUCCCUUCACUGUUGAGCAAUUAGCUAUGAUGAAGAGGCGGCUGGAUGAGACAUAUCCUGAUGGGUAUCCUGCAAGUCUGUUCCCUAAACUGGGCUCCCUCAUUGCUUUCAUCACCCCUGAGGAUGUUUCCAAACUGAAGAUAACUUCAUCUGCCUCGCUGGCUACCUUGCUGAAAAGUCAGCCCGCUGAUUAUCAGGCUUCUGCAAUGAUUAAACGGUAUGUUGACUUGGGAAAUGCCUUGGACACUACUGCACUGAACGCAAUCGGUACAAAAUAUGUGUGCCUUCUAAAUGCAACCCAGCUGAAUAUGAUAGACUCCAACAGCUUGAAACUGGCAUCUCUGAAUACUUCAGCCUGUUCACAGUUUACAAAAGACAUCUUAUAUGCUAAAGCAAAACAUGCUUUCUCAGACAAGCACUAUUUCCCUGCUUACUAUCAGCUGAUUAAACCAUAUCUAGGGGGUGCUCCUGGUGUGGAUCUCAAAGCUCUAAGCAAGGACAAUGUGAACAUGGACAUUAGUACUUUCAUGAAUUUAAGAAAAGACUCUGUGAUGAGCCUGACACCUUCUGAGGUUCAGGGCUUGCUGGGGAUGAAUCUUGGUGAUCUGGUGAAAUGGCAGAACAAGUCUCCCAUCCGGGAGUGGGUCCGAACACAGAAGCAAUCAGAACUGGAUAAACUGCAUGUUGGGCUCACUGGGGGAACACAAGAAGGCUACAUCAACAUCGUCACGCCCAGAUUUCAGACACCACCCUCAGCCUCUCUGGGUACUGUGGCUGUGACGUUCCACCUCCUGCCUACUCUGCUGAUCAGUUCCCUGAUGAUGUUAGUCUUGUCUUGAAUAUCUUCCCUCAAGAGAAAUAAGAUGAAGGGGAGCAGCCUGUGACCUGUUGUGAGGCCUGUUGGGGACAGCCAUGCUGGCGGGUGAGGGGGUAUUAUGCAGCCCAAGGUUCACUUUUAGGUACAUUUUUGUUUCAAAUCACACGGGGGGCAGGGAGGGGGGGGAAUCUCAGACUCUUCAGAGCAGGAUCUUUGCCUUUUGUACAGACCAAGCCUAGGUAAGCACCAGCCAUAUUACUGCAACACAAACGAUACCAAUAUUUUACUGUACAACCCUGGUGGGUUUAAGGGUGAGCUACUUGGCUUUUUUGCAUGUUAACAAUUACAUUUCUCAAAGACCCAGAUCUCUUGAUGCUGCCAAGACCACUGAAUUGGGAGUGAAGUUUUCUGGCUGAUUGUAAAUAAAUAGUGGAAUUAAGUAAAAAAUGGCUGAAGCAAAUGGA